CUAAUAACAGUUGUUGUUUUGGCACCAAAUUCUCGUUUCGAUUUGGAGAAGGGGAAAACGAUCUAAACCAGCCCCCGCCAUUUGAAACGUUUCGAUUCUUUUCAUCAGGUUUCGUUUCGUUUUCUCCCUCUUCCAAUUUCGUCUGUGAUUUUUCUGCAAUCCAAUCCGUCCCGUUGCGAUUCAACCCCCACCGCUGAUGGGCGUUGACUUUCCCGGUAACGGCGAUUCACGUCCCCGGCGACGGCAAAGUUUCGAGCUUUAGGGUUAGGGUUUGUGAAUUUUGGAAACUUCACGGAUUUUGGGGAUUUUGGUAAAUUCGAGAGAUUUGACGUGUUUCCAGCUGGAUUCUGAUCACUGGGGGUUUGAGCUGGCUGAGGGGUUGAGGUCUUUGGAGUCUUGUUUGUUGUUAAUGGAGACGGAUGAGAAGGAGAAAGUGCAAAAUGGAGGUGAAAAUGAGAGCUUGAGUGGUGGUGGUGGUACUGGAGAGAGUGAAAAGGUUGAGGAACAGGGGAAUGGGGAUGAAGAUAGUGAGUCAAAUUCGUUGUUGCCGCCGAGGAAAGGUGGAAUGUCGAGGAAGACGAAUAAGACGAGGCGAAAAGUGCAGUGGAAUGAUAGGAAUGGGAAUAAGCUUGUUGAGGUGUUAGAGUAUGAGCCAAGUGAUGUUAGUGAUUCUGAUGACGAAGAUGCAGAUUCUUGCAUAUGUGUCAUUAUGUAGAUAUCAUUCAGUAACUCAAGAACCAGGAUAUCUGCUGCAUAAAUCAAUCAGGCAUUCUCUCCAAGCUGAUUUUGAUGAUUUCUAUACAAAUUGGCUCUGUCUUAACCGUGUUAAGGAUGGACCAAAGGUCCUGAGACCAAGACAAGGCAGUCGCCCAUGUUUUGCAUCAAGUCUAGUGCCAUUUUUUUAGGUUACAUUGCACCGAGCUUUAUUACAGCAAGAUAUUCAAAUUGAGUUAGAGCCAUCUUCCGGGAAUGAAUGAAAGCAGAUAGGGAUAAAAGCAAUAUCGUGUUCACAAUAUGUAAUUUACUAAAUACAGUUAAUGUAUGCUUUUUUUUUUUUCUU